GUGCUUGAACGCACCAGGUGAGACGGAAACAUAGAUUUAGAGCCUGUUGUUUGUGGUAAUGUAAACGAAAGGAGUGCUUCUUCUCGAUAGUUUGAGCUCGGGGAGAUUACUUUUUCCCUAGGUGGACUUCUGAGCAGCAGCAGGCUGCAUGCCUCAUGCCUGGAAAGUCACAAGUUCCUGUGGUUGUGGAAAGGAUACGGUGUUUUCCCGCGGAUGCCACCUGCCAAGCCGCGCGCGCAGGGAGGAAAUGAGAGUUUGGUGCAACUUCUGAUGUUGACCACGAUGACCUUUACAGCCCAGACAAUAGCUAAUCAGCUUCCCUGGAUUUCGCAGACGACCCCUCUUUGUUUCGCCUGAAAAUGGAAACACUGGAGUCGGAACUGACCUGCCCAAUCUGCCUGGAGCUCUUUGAGGACCCACUGCUCUUGCCCUGCGCUCACAGCCUUUGUUUCAACUGUGCCCAUCGCAUCCUGGUCUCACACUGCACCCCCACCGAGCCAAUUCAAUCCAUCAGCGCCUUCCAGUGCCCGACCUGUCGCUAUGCCAUCACUCUGAACCAGAGGGGCCUAGAGGGACUGAAACGCAACGUGACAUUACAGAACAUCAUUGACCGCUACCAGAAGGCUUCUCUGAGCGGACCUAACUCUCCUAACGAGACCCGGCGUGAGCGAGCCGCCCCCGACAGAAGAGCCAUGACAAAUCCCACUGACCGGGUGCAGUGUCAGUUCUGUGAGCAGGACCCUCCACAGGACGCUGUGAAGACCUGCGUCACCUGCGAGGUGUCAUACUGCGACGAGUGUCUCAAGGCCACCCACCCCAACAAGAAGCCUUUCACGGGCCAUCGACUAAUCGAGCCGCUGCUGGACUCCCAUCUGCGAGGGCUCAUGUGUCUGGAGCACGAAGAGGAGAAGGUCAACAUGUACUGUGUGACAGACGAACAGUUGAUCUGUGCUUUGUGUAAGCUGGUUGGCCGACACCGGGACCACCAAGUGGCAGCCCUCGGCGACCGCUUUGACAAACUGAAGAAAUCUCCUGGCCACUUUCUCUGUGUGGGGCGUGAUCGUUCACACCAGGAGGCCGACCAGCAAGCCUUGGAUUCCAACCUCAGCAGUCUAAUCAAGAGGACCAGUGAGUUGGAAAGUCUGAUGGGCAAACUUAUCCAAACCUGCCAACAUGUGGAGGUUAAUGCAUCACGACAAGAAAACAAGCUGCUGGAGGAGUGCGACCUGCUGAUUAAUAUCAUACAGCAGAGGAGACAGAUCAUAGCUACCAAGAUAAAGGAGGGGAAGACUGUGCGGCUGAGGAAACUAGCCCAGCAGAUCGGCAGCUGCAAACAGUGCAUUGAGAGGUCCUCAUCACUCAUCACUCAGGCUGACCUAACUCUUAAAGAGAGUGAUCACACCCGCUUCCUCCAGAACGCUAAAAGCAUCUGUGAGAGAGUUUCAAUGGCAACAGCAUCAUCCCAAAUCCUAUUACCAGAAAUCAACCUGAAUGACACCUUCGAUACUUUCGCUUUGGACUUCUCACGGGAGAAGAAAAUGCUGGAAAGCUUGGAUUACCUCACAGCACCAAAUCCACCCAUAAUCCGUGAGGAAUUAUGUACAGCUUCGUAUGACACAAUCACAGUCCACUGGACAUCAGAUGAUGAAUUCUGUGUGGUAUCAUAUGAACUUCAGUAUGCCAUCUUCACCAGCCACUCCAACGUUGUCAGUUUGUGUAACUCCGCUGAUAGCUGGAUGAUUGUACCAAACAUCAAACAAAACCACUACACUGUGCAUGGCCUCCAGUGUGGCACAAAGUAUAUCUUCAUAGUGAAGGCCAUAAACCAGGCUGGAAACCGCAGCAGUGAACCAGGGAAGCUCAAGACCAACAGUCAACCCUUCAAGCUGGACCCAAAGUCAGCUCACAGGAAGCUGAGGGUGUCACAUGACAACCUGACAGUGGAGAGGGACGAGACAUCAUCCAAGAAGAGCCAUAGUCAGGAUCGCUUCUCAAGCCACAGCAGCUACGGUGUCACAGGAAACGUCUACAUCGACAGCGGACGCCAUUACUGGGAGGCUCUGAUUGGAGGAAGCACAUGGUUUGCUGUCGGCAUUGCAUACAAAUCAGCACCAAAGCACGAGUGGGUUGGCAAAAACUCCGCCUCCUGGGUACUGUCUCGGUGCAACAACUCAUGGGUUGUGCGUCACAACUGUAAGGAGAUGCCCAUCGAGCCGUCACCCCACCUGAGGAGGCUCGGGGUAUUGUUGGACUACGACACUGGAUCUCUCUCUUUCUACGACGCCGUCGGCUCCCAGCAUUUGUACACAUUUGACAUCGCCUUUGCUCAGCCUGUGUGCCCUGUGUUUAACGUGUGGAACAGAUGUUUAACAGUCCUCACUGGACUGCCAAUCCCGGAUCACUUAGAGGGGACAGACUUCAAUGACUGAAAAAACCUGUCCGGAUGGAUUUUUUUUUGAGUACCCAAAAAGAGACCUGACUGCCUGCACCUGAUUAACUGUGAUGCCUAUUUACUGUUGACAAAAUAAAAACAGUAACCAAACAAGAUGCACUUAAUAACCCAGGAUUACAUUCCUAAUCAGCCUUUUGUUGAAAUUAAUUAUUUAAGACAUUAUUUUUAAGCAUCUAAAGAUGUUUUUUUUGCUUUGCACAUUAAUGUACAUUACACUGCUGGUGGGUUUUGAGGGUGUGCUUAAAUUUUACACAAAUGAAAAUAUUUUUGAAUGGGCUUCAGAUCCUGUAUGUUUUCAUUCCUGUGUUUUUCAGGUUGCAAGUGAAAAGCAAUAUGAUUGACUGUUGUUUUUAUGGAAGGUUGAAUUAAAGGCUACUUUUUAGCGUAAGGUUUUUGAAAGAUUUUUUCUUAAGUGAACGCACUUUGAACUGUUGUCACUAUAGAAAGUGCACUAAGCCACUUACCAUGUACCAUAGUGCAACGUUUCCUUGUCAUUGUUUUGGAUGGAGAAGUCACUUAAAUAGGUCAUAUAACAGUAGUUGAUAGCAGCUUCACAUGUAAUGUGAAAUCAAUUCAGAAAGUUGCAAAUAUUUAUUUUUUGUAAAUGUUUCAUUGUAUCUUCCUAAUUUUCAUUCUAGCUCCUCAUAACAGUUUUCACAGUUUAGUUCCUGUCAGACAAAAUAAAAGUGGCAUCCUUUGAUUA